AUGACUCACAAAAAUGUAGAUGAUCUUAUGGUACGAAGAAUCAAUGGGAAAUCUCAGAUGGAUACACUCCUCGAAGGUUUCCGCUCGACGCCCCUUCCCCCAGCGCGGCGACCGCACAGCGCGGCCCCUUCCCAGCGCGGCGAGCGCGGACGCACAGCUCCCGCGGGGACUUGCAAGACAUCCCCGCCAGGCCGCGGGAACAGCGUGGCAGGCGCCGGUCCCGGCUUCCCAGCCCGCGGCCGGCGGCUGAGGAAGCCUAGCAGCCCGCCCAGCCCGGCCCGGCCCGCGAGCCGGGAGCGCGGGGCGCCGAGGGGAGGCGGGGCGAGGCCGCGGGGCGGGGGCGGAGGUGCAUCCUGGGAAAUCCAGCAACAUGGGGCCAAGCGGCCGCCGCCGCCACCGCCACCGCCACCGCCACCGCCACCGCCGCCGCCGCGAGCCUCGGCCGUGGAUGCCGCCACUUCCCUGACAUCCAAGCUGGGGGCCUGGUCGGCCGCCGCAGCCCGGGCGCCUGCGGCACCAAGUCGCCCGCACGCCCUCCGCCCACCUCCCCUCAGGGCCAUGUGAGGGGGCAGCUC